AUGUAUAGUACUAUGGCUGGAAAGCAAAAUAUACAGGGUCCUAAUAGUCACGUUCCACAACUGCAAGGACAUGGGCAAUUACAAGCACAAGAUGAUAAGGCACCCUCUGGAAACAAGGCAUUGAACGAUGAGCAAAUAUAUCAGUGGAUCUCGGAGUUGGUGAAUGGGACUAAUAGAGAAAGAGCUUUGUUGGAAUUAGGCAAGAAAAGAGAACAAUAUGAUGAUUUAGCGUUAGUGCUAUGGAAUUCAUUCGGUGUGAUGACAGUUUUAUUGGAAGAAAUCAUAUCUGUUUAUCCUUACUUAGACCCACCGGUCUUGACAGCUUCAAUGUCAAAUCGAGUCUGCAAUGCAUUAGCUUUGCUUCAAUGUGUGGCUUCGAAUGCUCAAACGAGAGGUCUCUUUUUGAGUACAAAUUUGCCUCUAUAUUUAUAUCCCUUCCUUUCAACCAAUGCUAGGCAAAGAUCAUUCGAGUAUUUACGCUUAACAAGCUUAGGGGUGAUUGGUGCGUUGGUCAAAAAUGAUACUCCUGAAGUUAUUAACUUCUUACUCACAACAGAAAUUGUGCCUCUUUGCUUGAAUAUAAUGGAGAUUUCUUCCGAAUUAUCAAAGACGGUCGCUAUAUUCACUCUACAAAAAAUUCUUUUAGACGAUCAAGGGUUGUCUUAUAUUUGUACAACUUAUGAAAGAUUUCAUACUGUUGCAUCUGUCUUAGCAAAAAUGAUCGAACAGUUGAGCGCUAGUACAAACUCUCAAACCCACCAGACUUCGACCAGUAGCUCUGGAAGACUACUUAAGCAUGUGGUACGCUGCUAUAUGAGAUUAUCUGAUAACUUAGAAGCCAGAAAAGCUUUAUCAAACAUCUUGCCAGAACCUUUACGAGAUGGUACUUUCUCCAUGAUUUUGCAAGAUGAUGUUGCUACCAAAAGAUGCCUAGCUCAAUUACUUUCAAACAUAAAUGACCUGUAA